AUGAGUGAAACAUGGCUAAAGAACAAUCCUCACUUAUUAGAAUAUGUUAACAUUCCUGGCUACUCUAGCGCCUUUCGCAACCUAGAUAAAAUUCGUGGGGGAGGUGUUGGUGUGUAUUUGAGGGAUACUAUUAACUACAAGAGGCGUACAGAUAUUGAAGACAUCGAACCUGAACUAGAACACAUAUGGCUGGAAAUACCUGGUAAAAAUAAACACAGUAAGAUGUUGCUCGGAGUAUUGUAUCGAUCGGAGCGUUUACAGGACUUCCAAGCUUGGAUGGACAAGACCGAAAAUUUGCUAAGCCAGCUAAAUGUCCUCUGGGAUGGUCUACUUGUCGUCACCGGCGACAUGAAUAUCGACCUGUUGAAACCUGAAUUACCCCAAGUUAAGAAAUAUACUGAUUUACUGGAAUCGCUGAAUCUUUAUCAACACGUGCAAUGUCCUACUCGUACUGCUCCUACUUCUGCAACACUUAUUGACCACAUAAUUAGUAAUACCCCAAACCGUGUCACCUAUUGUAAUGUAUUACCAUGUCCUACAGUCAGCGACCAUGAUGCGCCUUACGUUUGCAUUAAUAUAAGAGCUUGCAGAUUCCAGCCACGAUUUAAAUUACUACGCGAUGAAAAACAGUUUGAUGAAAAAGCUUUUAUAGGCGAUAUUGCAUCACUUCCAUUCAAUAUCGUUUACGGUAUCGAUGAUCCAGAUCAGCAACUAGAUAUAUUUAACUCAUUAAUAAAAGAUUGCCUCGACAGACAUGCACCACUACGCAGAUCUAAAAUCACACGCCCUCCUGCACCCUGGUUAAUCACAGUGAUGUGAAACAACUUCAAAAAGAACGAAACGAGCUCAGAUAUUUGGCUCACAAAACAAACCUGAGUCAUGUCUGGAAUAAAUUCCGCGAAGUAAGAAACACUAUACAGACAAAGAUUAAGAAGGUCAAGAGAGCUUUCUAUCAGAAAGCAUUAUCAUCAAAAAACCCGAAAGAACUUUGGAAAGUAAUACACCGCAUACUUCAUCCCAAUCCCAAACCUAUAAAUGCGGAUCCCGACCAAUUGAACAGCCACUUCAGCUCUACCUCGCAACGUCUACUCGGGUCAGUGCCGACUUCCCCAAGUGCUUUGCAAGAACUAGUAAACUCAUUACCAGUCUGUAUGUCCAACUCGUUUAAUAUUUGUCCUGUUGCCCAUAGUGAAGUACUGAAUCAGUUAAGAACAAUAAGAUCUGACUGUUCGACAGGAAUUGACCAGAUUCCGGUAAAAUACCUUAAGAUGGCAGCUGAUUACAUCGCCUCACCAUUGACCUAUAUCAUCAACGGGUUUAUUGCAAAUCACAGCUUUCCAGAUGUUUGGAAGACUGCACGUGUGUCACCUAUACCCAAAGUAGCCUCUCCGACAGAGUUAGACCAUUAUAGACCAAUUUCUAUUCUCCCGGCUCUUUCCAAAGUCUAUGAACGCCUCAUUCUAAAUCAAAUUGUAAAAUACAUCGACCAGCAUAAUGUAUUAAACGAGAAUGUUACUGGCUUUCGUAAAGGCCAUGCCACCUCAUCUGUCCUAUUACGAGUAAGAGACGAUGUAUUAAAGGCUAUGAAAAAAGGAGAAAUUACUCUUAUUGCAUUCGCCGACUUCUCGAAGGCGUUCGAUACAGUGGACUUUGCCGUAAUAAUAAAGAAACUUCAUGCCAUUGGCUUUUCACACUCAUCGUUAAAUUGGAUUCUUAACUACCUUACUGGUCGGAAACAACUUGUUCAAGUAAAUGACAGCCAAUCUGAACUAGCAGACGUGUUGUUUGGUGUUCCGCAGGGAUCGAUAUUGGGUCCCAUGCUUUUCAACCUUUACGUCAACGACCUCCAAAAUGAUUUUACCUGCAGGUGCUUCCAAUACGCCGAUGAUACAACAGUUUACCGUAGUUGUACUCCUAAAAAUCUCAGUCAAUGUGUGCAAGAAAUGAAUGACAACAUACAAACUCUCGAAACUUGGGCCACAGAAUCCAAUCUCUUGUUGAAUGAAAAUAAGACUAAGCAGAUGCUGAUAAGCACUCGACAGAUGUCAAGAACUCAUAAUCUCGGAGACAUCACGCCACCUCUUACCAUAAAGAAUAUAUCCCUUGAGAGUUGA